GCAUUAAAUUUGUAAACCGCCUGUAUAGUACAUGUAAUAAAUAAAAAUAUAUAAAUCACAAGGGAACAAAUAGUUCCUUAUGUUCUCCGUAAUGCAGUGUUUCUCAACUCCAGUCCUCAUGGACCCCCAACAGGUCAUGUUUUCAGGAUUUCCCUCAGAUGAAACAGCUGUGGUAAUUACUAAGGCAGUGAAACUGAUCAAAUCACCUGUGCAAAAUAAUGGAAAUCCUGAAAACAUGACCUGUUGGGGGUCCAUGAGGACUGGAGUUGAGAAACACUGCUGUAAUGAGACAUCAGGGGUCUAAAAGAAUGUCCUCCAAUGAAGAU